CAAGAGAGGAAGUCACACUUUUAACAGACGAGCUCCGUACAUUACACUGGUUCAGUUUAAGACAAUAGAACCAGUUUCCCCAAUUUCAUGUCAACAACAUGAAGCUGAUAAAAUGUAUCCUGAUCGUCCAGCUGAGCUGCCUUUGUCGAGCCUCACAACCCUCCAAUCAAGCGGACCGCGCUCAUGACCAGAGGGGAGCAGAGGAAGAGGACUCCAACAGUGACCCUCACGUUCAUCACCUCUCUGGUCGAUGCAGCUUCACCUUCAGGAUGCCUGGAAACAGGAGCAGCGGUGAUGUGGUGGCUUUAACCGCAGACUCCACAGAUAUGUUGGUUGAACAGAUCUGUCAGGAUCUUGACUGUGGCAGCGUCUAUCAUGUGAAUAAAACCAGCUCACCUCCUAUCACCUGCUUUAACGGCUGUUUGUACCGAGACGGCCGGUUGCAGAACUGCUCACAGACGGUGGGAGGAAACUGCACUGUGAUUUCAGAGGCUGUUUGUGGGCACCAGGCUGCCCGGCUGGCAGGAGGCUCAGACCGCUGUGCUGGACGGGUGGAGUUGUGGAAAAACGGGAGGUGGGGCACCGUGUGUGACGACCAAUGGGACCUGCCGGAUGCUGACGUGGUCUGCGCCCAGCUGGGCUGCGGCUACGCAAUCAGUGUGACGGGACAGGUCGGCUCCUUCCCCCCAGGAAGAGGACCCAUCCACCUGGACGAGCUGAACUGUACGGGCAAAGAGGAUAACCUGUGGGCCUGUCCGGCUGCACAGGAUGAGUCCGACUGUGGACACAAAGAGGAUGCUGGAGUCGUGUGCUCAGAGAUGAGAGCGAUCAGACUCACAGGGGGUCUGGACCGCUGCUCGGGUAAAGUGGAGGUCCACCGAAACGGCAGCUGGGGAACAGUGUGUGAUAACUGCUGGACUAAUGAGCUGGCCUCCAAGGUUUGCUCCAUGCUGCAGUGUGGAAACCAGACGGAGAAGAUCACCCAGUUUGUCCCUCAUCUCACCCACAACAACGGGACUCUGUGGUUCUAUUUUUGUGAUCAAGAUGUGCAGAACCUGUGGCAGUGCAGGGAGUACAUCAACAGCAAAUACCUGUGUGCUACAUCAAAGGCGAGCGGGGUCAUCUGCAAAGGUUCCCUCGGGUUUCCCGCAAAAACAACAACAGCCAGCGCAGCUGAUCAAACUGUAACUACUUCAACCACAGAGCUUCCGACCCCUGACGGACCCUCUGAAGGUUUCUCCUCACUGCCCAUCGAGCUUCUCGGCGCCAUGGCUCUGUCUCUGCUGCUCCUCGUGUUGAUCACAAACACGGUGCUCUGCUGUCAUUACAGGAGAAGAAGCGUGUUAUUGCUCGAGCAGACCCACAGCAAAACACGCCUCACCUCUGAACAUCAUCACAACACCUACCAAGACUCCAUCAACCUCGUCAAGGUCACAGCGAACGAGCCCCCGACAGACGCCCCGUUGAGCCCCAGGUAUUUCUGGACCCAGCUUAGUAGUGUUGACGGCACGUCAGUAGAUACAGACUAUGAGCAGUAUGAGCCGAGCAAUGAGUCGUCUGUCCCUUUAUCAACCUUUCGCAAUUCUCAACGGUACAAACCGGACGUGAACCCUUUGAUGAAGCCGUUGGGUCUUGAAAGCCUCUUUGAGGAAGGUCCUGAAUCGGACAAUAAAGUGAUGGGAGUCUUCACGGGCUGUAACGGCGGCCCCACAAACGCUCAGUAUGCCAGAGCGUCAACGGUAACGGUGGACUCAUUUGAUACCUCCAGUACGUCGUCUGAGGAAACCAACGAAGGCUACGUCAGGGUCACACCUGAGCUGGGGCCGAACCAGGCAUCGAGCAUAAAGGAGACUUUAAAGCUCAUCUGUCACAACGAUCAACAUUUAUCUGAACGGCAGAAACACCAGCAAAGUUCAGGUGAUGAAGAAGACGACCCGCUUUACUCGCCUGUUAGCCCCGACCCAAACUCUUCCUCCUCCGAUGACUACGAUGAUGUCGACUGUUUGCAGUAAACAGACGAGUUACAAAAUGGAAUAUUGAAACAAUCUCCGGCUUCAAAACUGCACUAAGAGGAAACAUGAACUGAGAUUUAAGAUUUAACACCUUCAGCUGAGAAAACAUAAUAAACUUUCAUUUGAUUUCAAAUCUCCGACACAGAAAGAUACAACCCAUAAUAGACUGGCAUGAAAAUGGCAUGAAAAUAAGAAAUUAUAUUAAAACUUGACUGAGGUAACUUAAUAUUGGACAUCUUAAUACUUUUUUGCUCAUCAUGUUUUGAAAUGAGGCCUACUUGUUAGUAACCAAAUUAUCCAUUGGAACCGGUGUAAAUAUGUAGUAAUUGAGUUCUACCACAAGGUGUCGCUGAAAGCUUGUGAGUAAAUUAACUGGCUUGAAGUCCUAACACACAAACUACUGCAAAAUAAACUUGUAAAACCAUAAA